UGCGCCGGACGGGGUGGGGCUUGAGCGCUUGGUUGCCUUCGGCGGCGCUUUCAGGUGGGGAGAGCGCAAUGGCGCUGUCCUGGCUGCAGCGUUUUGAACUUGUGGUCUGCCAAGCCGCCUUCCUGUGCGGCGCAGUGACGGCUGCGACGCUGACCCGGACCCAGGGCUCCUUCAGUGGCAGCUGUCCCCUGUAUGGUGUGGCUGCCAAGAAUGGCUCCUCCCUGGCCUUAUCCCGACCCUCAGCUCCAUCCCUCUGUUACUUUGUGGCUGGGGUCCCUGGCCUCUUGGCCCUUUACUGUCUCCUGAGUGUGCUCUUCUGGAUCUACAGCAGCUGCAUCGAGGACUCCCACAGAGGACCAAUAGGACUCCGCAUUGCACUGGCCAUCUCAGCUAUAGCCAUUUUCCUGGUCUUAGUGUCUGCCUGUAUCCUGCGACUUGGCACCAGUUCUCUCUGCAAAUCCAUCGUCUCUGUGAACAUUACAAAUAGCUGCUCUGAAGCCCAGAAAAUUCCAUGGACACCACCUGGAACCGCUUUGCAGUUUUACUCCAACCUACACAAUGCUGAAACCUCUUCGUGGGUGAAUCUGGGAUUGUGGUGUGUAGUGUUGGUGCUCCAGGUUGUGCAGUGGAAGUCUGAAGUGGCCCCAUGCUGGCCUUUGGAGAGGGGGCACCCUGCACGGAGCUCUGAGGCAGACAGUCUCGUUGGGCCACGCCUUUCCUAUUCCUGAGGAACAACCAAAGAGUGCUUGCUUUCCGCAGCCAAAGACUCUGCCAUCUACCUGCUCCCACAUGGCCCCGUUUCUGCUGGGAGCCUCAUUUUCCCCUCCACAAGGGAAACGUGAUGACAGGCCCCCUAUACCUCUCUACAGCCUUUUUUUAUACCAGUAUAUUGUAUUACUUUCUUCCUUCAUUUUAGUACUAAGUUCUUGGUGUUAAAGCACUGUAGGUGGGGUGGGUGGGAGGAAGAAGGGAAAGCCACACAGAUACCAAUUGAAACUGUCAGAUAGCUGCCCUUGGAAUGACUGCUCUUUUAUUUGCUGCUAAUAAAUCUUGGGCCCCCUUGUGUCA